ACUAUAUUAUUUUUGUUGGCCAAUAUGCAUGGUUUUCUUAUGAUCUCAUGUCUGUUGUUGAAUAGUCAUGCCUAUCUUCUUAUGAAAAAGUGCUAGCAGACGCAUUACCUAAGGUGCAAGAGGUCUUGAGGCAUUUUUGGAGUUUGAUACUAACGCGCAACGCCUAAGUGAGGGAGGCAAAGAAUGAAGGUACUCGUGGUGGAGGCUGUGGUGGACGUGGGUGUGGUGGUGGUGGUGGAUAUAAACGAUUUUGCCAAUGAUGAGAAUUCUUUCAGAAAUAGUGUUGUACCUGAAGAUGGAGAGAGUGGAAAGCCCUCUGAAAGGCUUGGCUAUGGGGGUCCUAGACCUUACCGUGGUGGUUGCCGUGGCGGUUUCAGUAAUGGAGUGGUUGCGGAUGGGGAGCGACCUCGCAGGUUGUAUAAACGCCAUAGUGGUACUGGACGCGGAAAUGAACUCAAACGGGAAGGCUCUGGUCGUGGAAAUUGGGGAACUCAGAGUCAUGAACUUGCUCAUGUGACUGAAGAAGUUGCAAACGAAGGUGAGUGGAAUUUAGGUGACGAAAAGCAAGCAAAAGAAGAGGAGGCGGGCGAUGCUAACAAGGAGAGUACUACAAACGAACCUGGAGAAAAAGAGCCCGAGGACGAGGAGAUGACUCUUGAGGAGUGUGAGAAGGUGCUGGAAGAGAAAAGGAAGGCUCUCCAGGCUCUAAAGACUGAGGAAAGAAAAGUAGAUGCCAAAGAGUUUGAGUCUAUGCAGCAGCUUUCAAAUAAGAAGAGUAAUGAUGAGGUCUUCAUCAAAUUGGGAUCUGAUAAAGAUAAGAGAAAAGAGGCUUAUGAGAAGGAAGAGAGAGCUAAAAAGUCUGUCAGCAUUAAUGAAUUUCUGAAGCCCGCUGAAGGGGGGAGGUACUAUAAUCCAGGUGGAAGAGGGCGUGGUCGUGGAGGGUUCGGUGGAGAUGGUGCAAUAAGAAAUGUAACAACAGCAUCCAUUGAAGACCCUGGGCAGUUCCCAAUCUUGGGGGGCAAGUGAGAUUUCUCGAAACCCCAAUCACCGCCCCAAGUCACGGAAAAGAGCCGCACACGGAUCC